AUCUAUAGAAGGUUUGGUAACUGGCUGGCUGGAAUGCAGCGGGGAUGGAUUCGAAUGUACGACGAAAAUAAUAGUGGUAGUAGUAAUAGCAUUCUCACAGUUAAAACAUACUCGAAAAGUACAGACUUUAAUUUUUACUGUCAAAUAAGGGGUAACAAAAAGAUUCCAAUCUCGUUACCGAUAACCAAACCAUUUUAUCUGCUGCCUUAUGGGUCACGUGACUGUCAACAAGUCAAAUGGAUGGUAGCAACAACUGAAUGGAUCAAGUACCACACACGGAACUAUAAAGGGAAAUCUCAUAAGUACGGGGGAGUGCCUUAUCAUGAACUUGGUAAAAAAAAGCAACAAAGGAAUCACAAUGUACUAUUGCUAUUAUGAAAGUUGCAACUACACACUGAAUGACACCAGGGGUGUUUUCCAGUCCUCUGGCUUCCCUGGUAAAUACCCGGAUGGACAGCUGUGCUCGUGGAGGAUCAUGGUACCUGAUAAUCGCAUUCUACAUGUUUAUUUCACUAACUUCUCCUUGUAUGAAAGUGCAAAAAAAGACAAUUUAACAUUUUUGACAUUUGUCGAUGGUAGUUUUCACUUAAAUGACACCUUCCAUGGUCAUCACAAUCAACCAUUCACCAUUACGGAGACUAAUGACGUACUUUUUGAGUUUCUUACAAAUGAAGAGGGACACAGCACUGGAUUCAGGGCAGAGUACACUGUAUUCAAAUCACCCGUCCCCCCAGAAACAACACCAUCCCCACAAUCUACAACAAGAACUAAUGGCCAAACAACAACAAUAAUACCCAUUACAUCAGAAACUAAAAACAAGACAAGUAAUAGCACCAAUGACAAUUUUAAGAAAUCUCGUGUGAGUGAAUGCGAUGGUGCAGACACAACGAUUUUGAUAGUGAUACCGCUGAUAUGUCUGAUCGUCGUCAUUGCCAUAGUUAUUAUAGUUCUCUACCGAUGGAGGUCAAAGAAAACCAAAUGUGAAAAAUGUGCAUCAACAAGGUAUCCUAAAGACGUCGCUUUGAAUCCAACCUACGACGAUGCGGGACGUAUCCAAUUACACCAGCGUGCAAGCACGGCAACCAUGAACACAGCACUGGGUACAGACGACAUUAACGGGCAAAUGUAUGAAACACUAUCACGUGACAAGCAACCCGAAUAUCAAGCCCCUAACUACUCAAGGCAGAACGGCGCGAAUGACCCAAGUAUGAACUCUGAAUUACCGGAAUACCAUGAGCUCGAGCCCAUGGGCAAUAAUGUCCCUGACGUGGUCUACGAUGUGUUAGAGGGACCAGAUUCUAAUGGUGGACCAUCAGGGGACCAAAUGUACCAGGCGCUAGAUGAACAAACUACCCAUAAUCCUUUGUACCAAUCUAACAGUCCCGCUACCAUGGUAACCACGCGAAAUCCGAUGUAUGUUCACAGUGUUGCUUAGUUUGAUCAAACUAAUGCCUGUAUGACCACUACCCUGAUGAAAGAUUUUUCCAUAAUGGAACAAACCCAAGUUUAAUGGUUCUGAUCCUGAAUAGUUUGCUUAAAGUCAGCCAAAAUGGCAAUUGAAACCUCACAAGUGCUGAUAUAGUAGCCCUGAUAAAGGACUGAAAUAAAAAUCCGAAACGCUGGCAACCAUUUACAAUUUGCUUAAUAACCCCCUUAUAUCUUUAUCUUUUACAAGCAACCAAGACGUCUGAUAUGUGAAAUGUUUUUUGUCAGCCUGUGGCUCGAUAUUUCAAAAGCCCAUAACGAUUUGCAGUUUACAAAAACUAGUUUUACUUGGCAAUAAAUACAGUAUAAUUCUAUAGAAAAGGUGCAUGUUACUUCAUUGCUGCCAUCUUGGAUGACAAUAACAAAGCAUUCCUCAUUAGCUUCUCUUGYUAGAUCAAMCAAGAUGGUGGCUGUUUCAUUGUUAUUCAUAUCUCWAGGGMUUUUGAGUCAUGUGGCUACUCUAUUGUCACUAAUUAGCUGCAUUAGAAAGAUAAAUAUUUAUAUAUGUAGAUGUGCAAUAAGUAAUUCUAUUGCAAUACACUACUUCACUACUAAUGCACAUUUGAUCUCAUCAUUCCAAUUGAUUACUCAGGGACCAAAAUAUGGGAAAUGUGUUUUGAAUUCAUGAGACACAAUUUGGCUGACACAUGUGUGUCCUGAGUAGUAAACUAGUGUAAAAGUAGUGUGUUAAAAAGUGUUUUUAAAAUUGAAAACUUUACGUCGCAAAUGUAAGUGCCUAACUAAAAGUAAUAAAUUUAUUUUAUAGAACC